UGUCACCGGAGCCGCUGCUGCUGCUGCACAGACGCAACGCGCUCGCUCCACGCUCACACUGAAUAUGCCGGGACUGCUGCUCGGAGAUGUGUUUCCUGAUUUCGAGGCGGAGACCACCACUGGGAAAAUUAAACUCCACGAAUUUCUCGGUGAUUCGUGGGGAAUCCUGUUCUCCCACCCCAGAGACUACACCCCGGUGUGCACCACAGAGCUGGGUCGGGCUGCCAGGCUGAGCAGUGAGUUCAGUGAACGCGGCGUUAAACUGAUCGCCCUGUCCGUCGACUGCCUGGAGGAUCACCACGGCUGGACCAAGGACAUUGUGGCGUACAACUGUGAGGAGGCUUCUUGCUGCUCGCUGCCCUUUCCCAUCAUAGCGGACGGUAAACGGGAGCUGGCAGUGGCCCUGGGCAUGUUGGACCCAGAUGAGAAGGACAAAGACGGCCUGCCGCUCACUGCCCGCUGUGUGUUCAUCAUUGGCCCUGACAAAAGGCUGAAGCUGUCGCUCCUCUACCCAGCCACCACCGGACGCAACUUUGAUGAGAUUCUGCGAGUGGUGGACUCGCUCCAGCUCACAGCGGGGAAACGAGUUGCCACACCUGCCGACUGGAGGCCCGGAGACUGCGUGAUGGUCCCUCCCGCCAUGUCUGAGGAGGAGGCUGCGUCUUUGUUCCCAGCUGGCGUCUACACCAAAGACCUGCCCUCUGGCAAGAAGUACCUGCGCUACACACCCCACAAAUGAGCGCAGGCAGAGACAGCACUAAUAUUCAACACUCACUCAUGCCACAGCAGCUCUCAAUAUUUUAUCUGAAGGACUUUGAGUACAGCUAGUUUCUGUCCCUACCAGGUAGAUAAACAAGUCAGCAGGCCAGUUGUGACAAAAUGGAAGGAAUAAAAACCAGUGCCUUAAGGAAUAUGUGGGACUUUACUAAAUGUUACAGUAUAUAUAACUCCAGAAAUAAAAGCUGCAGUGCUUGGUCUA